AUGGUAAAUGGUGAUAAAGACCUUUCCAUGAUUAAUUUUGAGGAGCAUUCCACAAGCCAAAUAAGUAUUUCUUUUCAUCUCAUUUCACAGGCCUUCAAGAGGGAAUUGAAAACUAAAGAACCUGUAAUCAUGAGUACUCUGGAGACUGUGAGAAUAUUUCUGACAGAGCAGCCUUUGGAAGGACUAGAGAAACUCUACCAGGAGCCCAGAGAGCUGCCUCCUGAAGAAAGAGCUCAGAAUGUCACUCGGCUCCUACGAAAGCAGGCUGAAGAGGUCAACACUGAAUGGGACAAAUUGAACCUGCACUCAGCUGAUUGGCAGCGAAAAAUAGAUGAGGCUCUUGAAAGACUGCAGGAACUUCAGGAAGCUGCAGAUGAACUGGACCUCAAGUUGCGCCAAGCUGAAGUGAUCAAGGGAUCCUGGCAGCCAGUGGGAGAUCUCCUCAUUGACUCUCUCCAAGAUCACCUUGAAAAAGUCAAGGGGCACCUACAAACACAGAACCUUACUAAAGUGGCACACCCACCUCGGCUAGAGCAAGAGAAGAUGCAACACGAUCGGAUUCUUCUCAACAGCCUGGAUUGGCGAGACCUGAAUCACCUCACUAACGUGGUACCCGUCCCGCCAACUGGCGCUAAGGUGCAAAACCUGCUCAUGCACUUGAUCGACUCUUCACACACCACGAGGGCGCCCACACCAAAAGUUCAAAAGCACUACAUUGCACCUCCUGCACGAUAA